UUUCCCUUUUUUGUUCAUACUUAUGAAAGAAAAACAAGGAAUUUGGAGUAUUCCAUUACUCUAUUAGAUCAAUUUCCUUUGGAUGGCGUUUGUUAGUGUUUUAGGUUGUUAAUUAAUGCAUUAUUCUUGUACAUUCAUGAAAAAGGAAAGUGAAUAUUUUCAAUUGAUUAAAGGAGAUUUCUUUCUGAAUUAAAUUUUUUGUUGGUGUACUUCAUUUUGAGAAUUUAUUGGAGAAAAAGUGGGCUGAAGUUUUGUAUGAUCCCAAAUUUCGUCAACCAAAUCUAAUUUAAACCCUAGAUUUAGCAUUGUGUAGUGAUCCGAGGCCCAAAAUCAUUUUGCCGACAUUUUGAUUCAGUUUUAUUCAAAACUUCAACCCUCUGAAAAAUUUAUGGCUUCAAAGAGUUUUCAUUAUUCCAUUUGGUUGCGUAUGUGAAGUGAACAAGACGCCAUAACCCACCUUCAGUUUUCCAUCACCCUUUCAAACCAAGUCACUCGGCUUAUAAUAAAAUCCAUGUUGGUAGAGUUGGUGAUUCGUUUACCUUGUUGCCCCAAUUAGGUUUUCAACACCGAUCCAUCUAUUUCUGACUUGGGUUUUGAAAUUCUUGAUCGGGGUUUCUUCAGAAUCCUCAAGAAAAUCAGUUUCUGGUUUUUUGUUUUUCAACUCUGAAUUUAUGAAUUUCAGGAGUUUAGAUGAGUUCUGGGUUUUCUACAUGAACCAGCACUCUAAACCAUCGACGAGACGUUGGCACUUUAUUGGAACUCUUUCUGCUAUCUUCUUCUUUCUAUGCUCCUUAUUGUUUAGCUGGUGGUUUCUGUUCUUUGUUCCAUUAACUGGUUAUGGGUUCGCCUGGUACAGCCAUUUCUUUAUUGAGGAAAAUGUUCCUGCCACCUUUGCCCAUCCGUUUUGGUCUCUUCUUUGUGAUUUCAAGAUGUUUGGAUUGAUGCUUACGGGGAACAUGGAUAGAGAAAUAAAGAGGCUGGGGAAAAGACCUGUGUUGCAGAUUUUUUAAUUCUAAUAAGUUCAUCUGAUGAGAAUUACCACAAUUGUUUUUAGCAUUCCUGUUGGAGAAUCAGCUCACCCCCCCAGCAUCUCUUUCAUCCACAUGUACAGCUUGCCUCAUCAUACAGGAUCGUUCCCACAACAGUAGGCCGUUCGAGUCACUUCCAGCAGUUCUGCUAUUAAUGUUUUAUGCUUCGUUUGCUGCUUUGGAUGGUUUGAAGGCACUUUUCUUCCUCCCAACCUUAGAAUUCUCUGCAGACCAUUUACCUCCCUCAGGUUGGGCUGCUUAACUUGGAAAAUAUAACCAGCAAAACUCAUUCUAAGGCUCAUUGAUUCUCCCAAAUUUGAUUCUGAAACUUGGCUUACGAACUGCAAUAGUGCAUCUAAUUGUAUUCUGUAAACCCAUAUUUAUGUUUUAUUUUGUACAAUGAAGUGCAUCAAAAAAGUUAUGCUUUAUGAUAGGAAUCUGACUAUCCUGA